AUGCAUCGCACCGGCCUCGUUUGCUUCGUCACUUUGGCUGCCCGCCAAGUCAAUUUUUCCAAUGCGGCCGCUAUUUCCGCCUCUGCCUCCUCCGUAUCCACUGCCUCGGCCUCAGGCGGCUCCACUUACAUGGUGAAUGGGCAGGUGGUAAAAUCUAAUUCCAGCUCCGCUCAAGCCGGUGCCGGAGCGUAUGCCUACGCUGACUCAGACGGUCACCAUGUGGAAAAGCACUGGUCCACAUCCGCGACCACCGGUUCCAAGAAGAAAUCAUGUGACUGUGAAGACAAGAACAAGAAAUGUCAGUGUGAGAAGAAGUGUGACUGCGAAGACAAGGGCACUAAAUGUGGCUGUGGAGACAAGGACAAUGACCAGAGCCCGAAGCCCUGUGAGGAAGAGCAACAAAAUGGCGGGAACCCGCCUGCUCCUGCGGUCUUCAGCGAUGGGGACACCUCGACUUCUGGAUCUGAUGCCAAGUCUUCUGGAAGCAGUUGCCCCGGCAAAGACACGACUGUUCCCUCUCAGUCUCAGCAGGGUGGCUCGGACUGCACUGACUCCAGCUCCAGCCCAUCCCCAUCUGCCGACUCUACGUCCGGACCUAUCCCAGCCGGCAGUGGCUCCUCUGACUGGCAGGGCGGAGCCCAACCGGACUCGAACUGUACCGACGUUGCCACUUCUGGCGAUUCCUCUUCGAACUCUGCCCCAGUAUCGGCCAAAUCCGCAAGCUCCCAUGCAUCACAGCAGGACUCCAAUUGUAGCGACAAUGCUACCAGUACCAACAAUGGCGAUUCCUCUUCGGGUCCGUCUACAGGACCAAGCAAUCCCGCCGUCUCUCCUGUACCACAGGGCGACUCGGCUAGCUUCACCGACAACGGCGACUCUUCUUCCAACUCCGCCACCGGAUCAAGCAGUCCCGGUACCUCCCCUGCACCACAAGGUGACUCGGCCAGCUGUACCGACAAUUCUGCUACCAACAAUGGUGAUUCUUCUUCGAACACCACCACAGGAUUAACCAAUCCUGGACCCUCCCACGUGACGCCAGAUUACUCCUCGGCCAACUGUACCGAGAAUGGUUCCAACAACGGCGAUUCGUCUUCGACAUCCACCCCGGGGGCGAGCAAUCCCGACAUCUCCUCGGCACCCCAAAACUCUGAUUACUCGAGCAAUGACAGUGACUCCCCAUCAAACUUCAACCAGACCGCUUCUUCCGGGGCUUCUCAAUCUGGAAGUGGAUCUCAAGCAACAGGUGGUGACCAACCGGCGGCGGGUGGUGGAAACACUGCACUGAUCACCAAUGGACCUUCAGGCUCUAGCUGCCAAGACGCCGCACCUUGCAGCGGCAACGGUCAAGGCAGCCCCGCGGCAAAUGGCAGCUCUGAUGGCUCCCCGGCCUCUCCCCAAGGAAACAGCGGCCCAUCUGUUUCAAGCGGGGGAAGCGCUGCUCCCUGCAGUAGCAGCGGCCACAGCUGUUCCUCCUCAUGUGGCUGCUCAUCGGCAUCUUCUCAGGGAAGCAAUUCACCACCUGUUUCCAGCGGAGGAAGCGACUAUCCACCCGUGACUAGCGGGGCGAACGGAUCUAAUUGCACUGGGGGGAACGAUUCGCCUUCCGAUGAUGGAACUAGCACGCCACCUGUCUCUAGCGGCACAGAUGACUGCCAAUCGGCACCCGGCUCCGGUGGUCAAAAUUCUACCGCACCUGGAUGCAGUUCUGCAAAGGAUUCUGGAAACGCUCAUCCCGUCGUUACUCCUCCAAUUGCAAGUGGAGAUUGCUCCUCAGGCCCAAGUGGCCCAAGUUCCUCUUCCGGUACUCCAUCGAGUACAUCGGGCGGGGACUCCACCCCAGGAUGCAAUGACUCCGGAAGUUCUACUCCGGCUACUCCCCCGGUCUCAAGUGGUGGUGCUUCCCCAGGAGGCAGUCCGUCUGGAGACACUCCCUCAGUUUCGAGUGGUAGUUGUUCUCCAGACGACAAAUCUCCAUCAGGAUGCGCUGACAGCAAUCCUGACCCCACUCCUCAAAACGUGCCCCAGCCGAUCGGUCCCGGAAGUUCUACUCCGGCUACUCCCCCGGUCUCAAGUGGCGGUGCUUCCCCAGGAGGCAGUCCGUCUGGAGACACUCCCUCAGUUUCGAGUGGCAGUUGUUCUCCAGGGGACAAAUCUCCAUCAGGAUGCGCUGACAGCAAUCCUGAUCCCACUCAUCAAAACACGCCCCAGCCGAUCGGUCCUGGAAGCGACUUCACUAGCCCUGCUACCAAUACAACUGGAGACUCAACCCCAUCUCCAAAAGAACCAGACUGCUCGAAAACAACCCCGCAGCCUGAUACCAGUUCAGCAGAUUCCCUAUUGGUUAGCCAGUCCACUAUUGGUACCCUGCUCUUGACUCUAGCCACUGGAUUUGCUGUCACAUUCCUUUAA